GUCAAUAAUCAAAAAGUUGUCAUCAGAGAAAAUAUAUUUUAUUGAAAUCAAAUAAUUUAGAAAAAAAUAAAAACAAAAUGCAGCGAAAUAAAGAAUCGAAAGAAAUCUUGGGUCUUAAUCGCAUAACCAAAAAACGUAUAAUGGAAUUAUGCAAAAAAGAUAAACUCUAUCAAACUCCCGAAUUAAAUGACGUUUUGUAUUUGCAUUAUCAGGGUUUUGAAUGCAUUGAAUGUUUGGAAGAUUAUACUGAACUGAAGUGUCUAUGGCUGGAGUGUAAUGCCAUUUCCGAAAUCCAGGGUUUGGAGAAACAAGCAAAACUGAAAUGUCUAUUUCUGCAAAGUAAUUUGAUAAGAAAAAUUGAGAAUUUAGAUUACUGUAGGGAAUUGGAUACGAUAAAUUUAUCUCAAAAUCAUAUAAGAAAAAUUGAAAAUUGUGGUUUUGAGAUAUUGCCGGUAUUGAAUACCUUAAAUCUUUCUUCUAAUUACCUAAAAGAUAGUGAGGCUUUAAGGGAGUUGGAGAAUUGUAAAAAUCUCUCGGUAUUGGAUUUAUCUAAUAAUCGUAUUGAUGAUAUAUUAGUGGUGAAGAUUUUUGCAAAAAUGCCGGAAUUAAAAGUUUUGGUUUUGCAAGGCAAUCCGGUAGUAUCCAAAAUACCACAAUAUCGUAAAACUUUGACCUUGGAAUGUAAAAAAUUAACCUAUUUGGAUUCAAGACCAGUAUUUCCAAAAGAUAGAGCCUGUGCUGAAGCUUGGAAACGUGGUGGCUAUGAGGAAGAACGCAAAGAAAACGAAAGAUGGAAUCGCCGAGAACGUAAAAAGAUGAGAGAUGGUGUAAAUGCUACAAUACAAUUGCGCAAUAAAAAUCGCAAGCUAGAAGAUCAAAUUUCCUUAAUACCCUCCUCAGAUUCUGAAGAUGAAACUAAAAAUUCAGAAAAGAAAAAUCGUGCAAAUAUGGAAGUUGAUAUAGAUAGUAUGUGGGAUGAGGUGGUUGAAGAUAAACAUUCGGAGAGAUCUUCUAGUUCGGUGACAAGCGAUGAGAGUAAAGUUUCCGUUUCUACACAAAGUUCUGAAAGUAAUAAAGAAGAACAGGAGACUGUUAACAAAAUGGAGGACAACAGGUUGAUACCGGAGUCCUCUGAAACCAAUAUUUUGGAUUCUAGUCAAUGUUGUGAAGGUAGUGAGGAAGCAGAAGAAACUAUAUUAGAAACGGUUGAAAAUGUUGAAAAAGUUGAAAUACUAAACGAAUUAAAGAACAUUUUGGAACCUGAAAAGUUGACCAGUGAUACUUUAAAAAGUCCGAUUAAGGAACAAAAUCCUACAGAUCCCAAUCGAACAGCCGCAGAAUCAAAACUGGAGAAUUUUUCAGAACCUCCAACUAAAAGAGUUCAAUUACAUAUUGAAUAUUAUAAUAGUUUAGAAAUUUGCUCUGGAAAUUUAAAAAAUACUUCUAUGACUAAUAUAGGUGAAGCUACAGAACGUCAAGAAUCUGAAUUAAAAAGCUCCGUCAAUAAGUUAGAAACAGAAAGUGCAACUUCACUAAAUUGUAAAGAUUUUGACUACAGCUUUGAAAGUAUGAAAAAUAUUCCUCAGCAAAGUUCAAUUAAAGAAAUAGAAGAACCCCAAAUAAAUUCCUCCAAUAAUGUCUUCAAUCAAGACACUCCGAUAACUGGUAAUAUUCAAAAAUUUUCAAGCAAAAACAAUCAUUUAUAUGUUGAAAAUUUCGAAAUAUCCGAAAACUCUAACGUUUCCCUUAAUGAUUCCCUAAUGGAUCCCUCGGAAAACUAUCAAACAACUAUUGAAGCUAUAAGAAACGUAACAGAAUCAAAUGAUUCUCCCGAAGAUUCAAUAAUUCAAAAUAACGAAACUUGUUAUAGAACUGAAGAUAAAGUUGAUGAUAAUUAUGAUUCCCUUCGGGAAAUGGAAGACACCAUGAAUAUUUUGAAUCAUAGGAGUGAAGAACAAUCAUUAUUGUUGUCGAAUCCCAAAAAAGACCCUAAGGAACAUCUAUAUAAAUUGGAAAAUGAUCAAGAACGUUUAGAAGUCAAUAAGAAAGUAAGAACAGAUUUUGAAAAGUUAUCGACAAAUUUAAAUGAUUUUGUGGAACAAUUGGAUCAGGAACAAAAAGAAAGACAAGAAAUUUUUAAUGCUUUAUAUGAUAAAAAUCUAGCGCCUAAAGAAAGCAGCUCGGAAAGUAGCGGAAGCGAAGAGAAUGAUCACUUAGAGGAAUGGAAAUUGGAAAGAAUGAUUGAUCAGUGGGACCGGGGUUCAAAAUUAAAGAAAGACUCAACAGAAGGCAAGUCAAAUGCAGAAAUAAAUAAAAAUUUAAAAGAAACUUUUCAAAGUUGUCCCACAAAUAUUAAAAAAACAGACGAAUCUUUAAAAGAUUCUUUAGGAAGUGUUGCAGUAAAGACUGAGAAGCCUUCUUCUACCUCCUCUUCCGAUAAGUUUGAUUAUAUACCCAUGGAUAUAUCACUCCUAACUCGCAAAUCUAAUGAAGCAUUAGAUUCCCUAGAAAGAGAAUCUAAAGAAUUGAAGAGAUUACUGCAACAAUUGGAGGAUAAAAAUGAUGAUCUGUUUAAAGAUAUUAAUGCAGAAAUGAAAUGCGAAAAAGAGAAGAAUAAGCCAGAGAAUCUAGAAAAAGAAUCUAAAGAAAUAGGAGAGAAUAAUAGUGAAAAACAAUCUAAUGAAAAGGACGAUUUUAAAACAGCAGACUGUAUGACAUCGAAAUCAGAAAUAAAAUGCGAAAGAGAGGAAAGUAUGCCCGAGGAAAAUGAAGAUCUCUUUAAAGAAUUGAAUGUAGAAAUAAAAUGUGAAAGAGAAGAAUGUCUUCUAGAGCAAGAGGGAAAAGAAACUGAUGAAAUGGGAGAAGAUAACAUAGAAAAACAAACAUACACAAAAGAAAAUAAUAAAGCAAAACAAGAGCAAGUUCAAGAUAAACAAAAUUUUGUUAAAGGAGAAAAAUCAGAAGAAUGUGAAAGAGAGCAACCACAAAUUGUACCCGUAAUUGUAGAAGAACUAAUAAAAUCUCUAGAAUUAAAACAAAAAUCUUAUAAAUUUCCCGAAACUUUGCAAAAUCUCGAAAUAGAAAGUUCCACUGAAACUAAGCGUACACAGCAAAGUGUUUCUGAAAAUCUUCCAGAUUUUGUGAAAACAUUCAAUCAAUUUUACAAAGAUAUUGAAACCAAAAAUCAGGAAAAGAAAAAACUUCCAGAAGAUAAAGAAAAACAAAAGUCAGAAGUUUUGAAAGAACUUUCCAAACAAACCCAUCUUAAACAAUUCAAUAAUGAUACUCUCGAAAGUUUAGAUGCACAAUUGGCCGAAAUGAAAAGAGUGCAACACGAUAGAGUCAGACGUAUGGUUGACCGGGUGUAUGCUCAAAAAGAUCGAUAUAAUGAUACUUUGGAGUUAGUUGAGGGCAAGCUAAUGGUGCGUCAUCGUGACACACAAGAACUAAGGGAGCUAGCACAACCUGUUAUGCAGGAAUCAAGUGAAAGCGAUGCUGAUUAUGAUACCGCACAGUCACAGGAAGAGGAUAAUGAUGGUGACUCUAAAUUUGAAAAGCGUUUGAAGCGUAAACCCUAUAAGCCUACAACACGCAAAUCCAGCGAGGAUCUUAUAAUACAAGCUUUAAUAGCUAAUAAGUCCCACAAAGCUUCUGAUGAUAGUGAGGAAAGUAAUGACGAUGAUGAAUUCUAUUCUUUAGAUCCUCAAGAUCCUACAAAUCUUUAUAAAGAAAUCGAUAAGGAAUUUUUCCAUAAAUUAACUCUCGAAAAUUUGAAAUUCUCACAACAAGAUGAGAAUCAUAUUGUUCAAUGUGCUCGAAGCUAUGAGGAGUUAAAACAUUGCUUAUCUCUAAGCAAAGAAGAGAGAGGCUUAAACGAGGAAGAGAAUGAUUUGGUAGAGGAUAUGAUCGAAAGAAAAUGCUUAAAACUUAAGGAGAAUACAGAAACUUUGCACAAUAAUCAAGAUGGAACGACAAAAGAACAGUUGUGGUUUGAUAAAGUUAAGUCGGAAGAUCAGGAAGAAAGGAAUGAAAAAGAGCUAAAGUCUAGCAAAGAAGCUAUGCAAUUAUUUACCUAUUAUCCUAAUACAAAUACUGAUCAGCAGUCAAGUGAGCCUAAGUUCGAAGUUUCGGAGCAUAUGAAUACAACAUCGGAAUAUGAAUGCGAAAAUCUAAUGAAGACCAUAUUACUCAGAAAACUUGCAGAACAAAAAGAUAAGCUACAGAAAGAGAAUAUUUUUAAAAGAGAAAAACCCGAACCUAACAAAAACGAUCAUGAAUCCAUUCUGAGUUAUGAGCGUUCAAGUGAAGAAGAAAAAAACGAAAUCGAAAGUAAUAUAGACUUUGAAAGUGGAGCUUCUAAUAAAAAAACGUUCAAAUGUCAAGCUAAAGAAGUAUUAAAUAACGAUGAUGAACUAGGAACUGAAGAAGAAAAUUUAACUGCUACUUCAGAAGAAUGUUUUACGAAUGAUAAUGCUGCUGGUGGCAAUUCAGCUGGUGUAGAGAUUUUGGAAUGUAAUUUGGAAAUUAUUGGCUGCAAUGAUGAGUUAGUGGAUACUAUAACCGUUAAUGCUGAAGUACAUUUUUAAAGAAAUAUACACAAAUACUUUUUGUAGUUUUUUUGUAAUUUUCGUUUUAUGGAAUUUUAAUAAAAUACAUUUAUCUAAAA